AGUGUACAUGUAUAUUUUACGAUAAACUAACUUCGAAUAAACUAACUUACAAAAAAUGGCGUUUCUAUUCAUUCUGUUGGUUUCCAUGAAUGGUGCCUUUAUUAUAGGACUAUUGGGUGAGGAAUUACCAUUCUCCUCGACAACUCAGUCGAACACCCCUAACAAAGGGAGUAGUGAUGCCGCGUUGUUACACCAGAUUCUUAUACAGGAAACUACAUUGAGGAUAGAACUGGAGAAGAAUGUCCGGAAUAUGAUGACAGAAAUCGAACAGUUGAAGAAAAACCAAGCUGCUAUGGAAGUGAAAGUUGAUGGUCUAACUCAAGCGAAAAUCGAACAGUACGAUUUAAUCCAACAGCUGAGUAAUAACGUGACAACACUAUCUAUGGAGAAUAUACAUCUGAAAACUGUGCUGUUCAACUCUUCAAAUGGUUUUUAUAACACAGGAUCAAAUAAAUGUAUGUGUGAUUUCACAAAUAUAUCCAAAGAUAUUCAGAGCGUAAAGAAAGAGGUCCGCUACGUGUCGCUUUCAUUUCUGGAUCUAGCAAGAGAUGUGCAGCUCAUGAAUACUAGCAUCCUGGAAACGAUGAGGAACGGUACAGGGGAGAUGACUCGUGAUGUUUUAAACAUUUUAUCUGAUAUUCAGAAUCUGUCAAGGAUACAAGACCAGGAUCGACAAUACCAGAUGUCUGUUAAUACAGACCUUAAAAUACACCAAGAAGAUGUUUCGAACAGAAUUAAAGAUCAUAUUGAUAAAGAGAUAUUGAAUUUGACGGCAAAAUAUUUCGAGUUGGAAAACCAAGACCAUUACCUUACAUCAACUUUAAGAAAUUCGGAACUUUUCUUGUCAAAAGUGGCUGUUUUUAUGAACGAAACUUGGAAUUUACAGAAGAUGUUUCUGAGAAUGCAACAGGAACAAGUUCAGAUGUCAACAGAAAUGUGAAACAAAGUUGCAUUUAGCGCAACAAUAACUUCAAGCGUAACUUCUCUAGAUGGGCAAACUCUGAUAUUUCCUCAUGUCCUGUGUAACGUGGGCGGUGGAUACAACAGCCAUGACGGGGUAUUUACAGCGACUAUUGACGGUGUCUAUGUGUUCUUUGUUAGGAUCACUCAAUCUACGAACAGCCAUGACUUGCGUGUGAAUAUAGUCUUGAAUGGAAUCGAAAUGGCCCAGCACUUUGUAUUUGGAAGAAGUGAUAAUCAUUUCAGAACAUCCGCCAACUCAGUAGUAUUGAAUCUGAAUCAGAACGACCGAGUCUGGGUGAAAAUGAAUAUCGGAGGGGAGAUGUACAGCAUAGGCGCCGACCAGUCGUUUACGGGAUACAAACUUUGACUCCUGUGACUAGAGAACAUGAUUAUUGCAUUACCGUAUGUUGUUGUCAUGAAUCACGUAAGAAACGAAUAACAGUAAUACGUGAUAAUACGUUAUCUUAUCUAGUAAAAUGUAAAGUAAAAAAAAUCAUUUUAUCUGUGAAAUUGCUUCAGAAGUUAUGAAAGCCGGAUAGUCUCAUAUUUGAAAAAGUAAAAAAAAAAAAAAAUUAACUCGUUAUAACGAGUUAGUAUCUCGUAAUAACGAUUUAAUAU